AGAAAGAAAGAAAGAAAAAAAAAGCAAAGCAAAGAAACCAAAACAAAACAAGCCGACCCCAAAUCCCCCCCGAAGGCGCCCGAGCGCAGGCGAGGGAAGCGAGCGGCGGCGCUCCUUGCUCGGCGGCUGCUGGACCCCGUGGGACGCGGCGGGACUCGAUUCUCUCUCCGGCACCCGGUCGGGUCGGACACAAAGUGCUGUCCAGCUGGAAUGAAUAUAUCUGAGUCAAACUACUGCCGAGAGGAGAUAUCGCAACCCCGGGGCGACUGUUCAUGGGUCACCGCCGCCGUGCCGGCCGCUGAGCCCGGGCUCGCCUUCGCGCGCCCCCCGGGAGCUGCCUCACCCGCCAGCCGCACGCCCAGCCCCGAGCCAGGCUUCGCCUUCGGCCCCGGCCCCGGUGCUACGGCUCCCGGUGCGGCCCCCGGCGCGGCCCCCAGCCGUACGCCCAGUCCCGAGCCGGGCUAUGGAUACAGCCCCCCGGCGGGCCGCACCGAGGGCAAGGCCGGCGAGGAUUCCCGCAUCCGCCGGCCCAUGAACGCCUUCAUGGUCUGGGCGAAGGAUGAGCGCAAGCGGCUGGCGCAGCAGAACCCCGACCUGCACAACGCCGUGCUCAGCAAGAUGCUGGGCCAGUCGUGGAAGGCGCUGAGCGCCAGCGACAAGCGUCCCUUCGUGGAAGAGGCCGAGAGGCUGCGAAUCCAGCACCUCCAGGAUCACCCCAACUACAAGUACCGCCCGAGGAGAAAGAAGCAAGCCAAGAAAAUCAAGAGGAUGGAACCCAAUAUCCUCCUCCAUAACCUUUCCCAGCCUUGCAGUGACAACUUCAGCAUGAGUCACCACGGCGGCAGCCAGCCGGGCCACCCCCAGCCUCCCCCACUUAACCACUUCAGAGAACUCCACUCCAUGGGGUCGGAUAUUGAAAACUAUGGCUUGCCAACUCCUGAGAUGUCUCCCUUGGAUGUCUUGGAACAGACCGAGCCGGCGUUUUUCCCUCCGCACAUGCAGGAUGACUGCAACAUGAUGCCCUUUCGCGGCUACCACCACCAUCACCAGAUGGAGUUUCCCCAGGAGAAGUGCAUCGGGCGGGACGUGGCCGUGCCCUAUGCGCAGACCCCGUCGCACUUGGCCGACGCCAUGAGGACUCCCCAUCCCUCCAGCAUAUACUACAACCAGAUGUGCUCGGGGACUCAGAACGGGCUUUCCGCCCACCUGGGCCAGCUCUCGCCCCCGCCCGAAGCCCACCACAUGGAGAGCGUGGAUCACUUGAACCAAAGCGAGCUGUGGACGGACGUUGACCGCAACGAGUUUGACCAGUAUUUGAACAUGAGCAGGACUCGUCCCGACGCCUCGGGACUCCCUUACCAUGUCUCCCUGUCCAAAGUGACUCCUAGAAGCAUCUCCUGCGAGGAGAGCAGCUUGAUAUCCGCCCUGUCCGACGCCAGCAGCGCCGUUUACUACAGCCCCUGCAUCACCGGUUAGGUUCGCCCCACCGUGCAAUGUGCUCACCGCGAGAGCCCCGGCAGCGCCCGCUCUCCUUCAAAACCAAAAAGCCAUCCUCCUUUAACCACGAGCUCCAUAAUAUUUAGAGUAUCUCAUUAAAUGCAUCGCUUUUUUUUUUUUUCUUUUUUUUUUUUUUUUUAAGAAAAACCGAUCAUGCUGAACUCACUGAUAUACCGUAUGCCUAUAUAACACAGAUAGACGCCUUUCCAAAGCAAGGUUAACGCACGCACUAGCCUGCCUGCCGCACUCCCUGCCCUCUCGGCGGGGCUCAGCUGCAGCUCCUGACCAGCUCGGGGGUGUUUUUAGGCGAACUACAGUGAAUCCUGCCUGAAACAACUACUAACAGGACGACCAGAGCCGCCUGCCCCAGUAUCUAACCCCAGGGCAGGCAAAGUCGCGCGGGGGGGGGAGACUUUAGGAAGCCUUUGCAGGGGCCGUGGAAGACUCGGUGCCCAGUAGUGGUGGUCUUUAGGACAGUUUUUACUGUAUUCUCAGCAAUAUAUUUUAAUUGGGCAACAAAACUAUAUUUUUACUAAGCAUUUUUAUAUAUAAAAUGAUAUUUAAUGUCUUUGUUGUGUUUUUUUUUUUAUUAGACUUUUUAAAAAUAAAUCAAGGGAUAUCCAUGAGAUCUAAAGCAUUUAUGUAGCAAAGCUGGAUUUAAAAAGAAAAGAAAAAAAAUGGAAAAAAAAAAGGGGGAAAAAGGAGAUAUUUUGUGAAAAGGGAAUUACAAUGUAAAUAUUGUGGAACAAUCGACUGGAAUUUUGUACAAAAGAAAAAUACGACUGCAAACACUUUUAUUGUCUAGAACUGUAAGGAGAGCAAACUGUUUGAUACUGGUUAAUUAUUAAAACAUCUUCAUAUAAUUGUUCCCAUCUUGUGUGCUUGUUGUGUGAACACAUAUUUUCCGCAAAUACAUGUUGUCCCAACCAUUUCCAGAUUGCUGUAUCCGUUGAUUAAUGUUUUGACAACCUGGCAGGCGCGCGGAUUCGGGGGCUGCCGCCAGCCGCCUCGGGCUGGGCGCGGGGCCGCGGCUCCGGCAGCGCCGGCGCGGGGCCGGGGUGCUCGCGGCCUCCCCGUGCCCGCCGAUGCGCCCUGCAGGAAAAAGCAGCUGUUCUCAGAUACACGUCAUAUAAUAAAACAUGCGAUAUCCUCCUCUCGA